AUGCCGUCUUUGAAGCUUCUGCUGGCCGUGCUGCCUUUCGCACUGGGUGCUCCGACCCCUCAUGACAAGAGGGCCAGUAAGCCAACAGUGACAAUCGCUAGUCCGGAAGCAACCAUCGUCGGGUCCACAGGGUCCAACCUCGAUACCUUCAAUGGGAUCCCUUUUGCCCUUCCUCCAACGGGGUCCCGCCGCUUGAAGCCGCCACAGGCAAUAUCAACCUCCCUUGGCGCUGUUCAGGCCACAGGCACCCCCCCGGGCUUGUCCGCAAUUCCAAACUAUUCCCAACAGAUCAGCAAUGCCGGAGAAGAUUGUUUGACACUCAACGUGGUGCGCCCCUCCUCCGUGACUCCCGACUCGGCCUUGCCUGUCUUGGUAUGGAUCUAUGGUGGCGGGUUUGAGUUUGGCUCGACGAGCAUGUAUAACGCCGACAGUCUUGUUUCGGCAUCAGUCGAUUCGGGCAUGCCAAUUAUCUUUGUCGCCAUGAACUAUCGACUGGGGGGGUUCGGGGGUGAUCCAGACAAGGUCACCAUCUGGGGGGAGUCGGCAGGAUCGAUCUCCGUGUUUGAUCAAAUGGCCUUGUACGACGGGGAUCACUCUUAUAAUGGCGCGCCGCUGUUCCGAGGCGCCAUCAUGGAUUCUGGGAGUAUCACUCCAGCGGAUCCAGUCGACUGCCCUAAGGGCCAAGCGGUCUAUGAUGCGGUGGUGAAGGCGGCCGGAUGCAGUGAAUCAGAAGACACUUUGAAGUGCUUGCGCGAUCUCGACUACACGACGUUCCUCAAUGCUGCCAACUCUGUCCCCAGCAUAUUCUCUUACAGCUCCAUAGGCCUUUCUUAUCUUCCCCGGCCGGAUGGGAAAAUUCUGACCCAGUCCCCAGAGGUAUUGGCCGAGAGGGGCCUCUUUGCCGACGUUCCCUUCAUUGUUGGAGACCAAGAAGACGAGGGGACCAUAUUCGCCCUGAAACAAUCCAACAUCACUACGGAAGCAGAGGUUGUCGAUUAUCUGCGAGACUACAUGUUUGGCGAUGCCUCCCAGGAGCAGUUGAAAGACUUGGUAGCCAAUUAUGCAGACAUCGCCACCGAUGGGUCACCUUUCCGCACGGGACUGGCAAAUAACUGGUACCCUCAGUUCAAGCGGCUUGCAGCGAUACUGGGUGAUGUGUUUUUCAUCUUCAACCGCCGUGUACUCCUCAACGUUGCCGCAAAAGUCAAGUCCCACGUGCCGUCCUGGUCAUACCUCGCGUCCUAUGACCACGGAACUCCGUAUCUAGGGACAUUCCAUGCGUCGGACAUCGUCCAAGUCUUCGAAGGAAUCUACGACAACUACGCCGCCAAAUCAAUCCGCACAUAUUACUACUCGUUUGUAUACGACCUCGAUCCCAACUCUCGGGCGGGCAACUACAUGGAGUGGCCCCAGUGGAGCGCCAACAAAACCCUGAUGAACUUCUACAAAGACCAUGCAGUGCUCCUGACCGAUGAUUUCCGAGAAGACGCCGGUGAAUUCUUUCAAGCCAAUAUUGGUUCGUUCCGUGGUUAA